AUGCGUACUCGCAACCAAGAAAAGGUGCCGGGGUCGCAGUCAUCAUCGCAGCAGACGGCCAGCGCAGAGAAACGCAUGAGCCGUAAGAGAAGAGCAAGCAGCUCUUCCGACGCGCCAAUUCCUCAGAGCUCUCAGACCACCGUCUCGACUUCAUCACAGAUCAAGCGCAGAAAGAGACAAGACGCGUCUUACGAUCAUCCCGAAGAUCUCACAGUCCUCGACGAGGAAGAGUCUGUCACACUCACCACCCCUGCUUCCUCAGCCCGCCAUGUCCACUUCACCGAAGCGACGUCUCAAGGCCAGAAGGCCACUUCGACCCACCUGACUCCUCACAUCCGCAAGACCAUCACCACCGAGAGACGCCAAACCAUCUCGCCUUCAAAGUUUGAAGCUCUUUCGACACCGCCACCCAAGUCGCGCCUGUCUCUACCUGCGAGCUUCGCUUCUUCACCUGCUGUCACUGCUCUUUUCCGCCCCCUGAGCCAGGUUUUGUCGGAGCGCGUUAAGAGCCGUCUUCGCCGCACCCGUUUGAGUGAAGAGAUCAAGGAGCAAAGAGAUGGUUCCGAGGCCCACCAAGAGUUGGUCCAAUUGCGUCAAGAAAUUGGAGAGAUUGAGGAUCUCAUCCGCACCCGUCUGAACCAACUCGACGUCGAGAAGCAGCUUGGUGAAGAUGCCGACGACCAAAAGAUGGAGGACAUGGAGGCCGAACUCGCCCAACUCGGUGAGGAUCUCGCUGAUAAGAAGGCUCAAGAGGCCGCUAUCCCCGACCUGGACUCUAUCGAUGCUGUCGAUGUCAUCAACGAGGACAUGAUGGUCUUUGAUAGCAGCCAGGGCAUCUCAUACCCCAAUCUUCCUUCUUCCGGCACCGAAGUCCGUACCGUCACAAAGGUCACCGACGCUGUCGACAUCUCCGAUGCCCAGACCCAGAUUGCUCUCCCUGAUUCUACCCAGGAAGAAGAGCGCCGCGCAUUCAAGGAGGCAAUUCAGUACUGGACCGAUGAAGCGUCCACUGCCAAGUCUACUCUUCAGAUCCUGACUAUCGAGUUGCAGUCUCUUGGUUUCCCAGGUGAGAAUUCCGAGGCCAUUAUUGCCUCUAUCCGCGAGACCUUCGCUUCUGUCCGUGAGCGUCUCGAGUCUGCCGUGCCCGGUGUCAUUCCCAGCAACAUCUCAGAUGCCGAUCUUGUUGAGCUCGUCAUCCAACACCUCGAGACUCUUGCCAGCAAGGUUACCGAACAGGAAGUCUUCCUUGCCGACAACGACCAGCUGCGCCAGGAGCUCGCCAAUGAGAUCGACGGUCUUCUCGAGAGAUUGAGUCAGGCCGAGAUCCGCAAGCGUACCCUCGAGAUCGGCUACAACGAGCUCGAUGCCAACAGCCAGAGAGAUGAGCAGUUGAUCGACUCGCUCAGCAAGGAGUUGAACAAGAUCGAAAAGAACCACGACAUGGCGCAGACUCUCAUCAGCGAGAAGAAGGCCCAGCUUGCUGAGCUUGACCGUGAGAACAGAGAUCAGGAUGCAACCAUCGCAAAGCUUGGUGAGGCCCUCGAAGGCUACAGAGCUAACGAGGCCAACCUCCAAGCUCUCAUCACUCGUAUGGAGCAAGAGGCCAACCUCAAGAUCUCCGACCUCACCAAGGCUAGUCAAGCUGCCGUGUCCGUACUUGAGGAGCAGCUUCGUAUUGAGGGCACUAAGCGCCACACCGCUGAGGCUGAUGCCGAUGACAAGCAAAACAUCAUCACCACUCUGGAGCGCCGUGCCGAAGAUGACGAAGCUAACAUCGAUAAUCUCAAGCAACAGCUUGCCACUCUCCAAGGACUGCACCUCGCCGAGCAGCAAGCCAGAGAAGUUUCCGAGGCAGUCAACGACGAGAACACAACUCUCAUCGCCGAGCUCGAAGUCAACAUCGAGCAGGCUGAGACCGAAUUGGCCCAGCUCAAGGCCGACCUGGACAAUCUUCGUGCUCUCGAGGAGGCAGAGCGUCGCCAACGUGAAGCAGCCGAGGCUGAACUGGAUGACCGCAACAACCUCGUUACCGAGCUGGAGCAAAAGCUUCUGGCAUCCGGCAAGCAAGCCAACGAGCUGCGCCAAAAGUUGUUCGAGGUUCAGCAGCGUUCCAAGGAGACUGUUGCAGAGCUUCAAGCUCUCGCAGAGGAGCGCGAGACCAAGCAUGCUGCUGACCAGGCUGCCUGGGAGUUGAAGUUUAGAGAUCUCAACGAUGCCGCCGUCUUCGCCAAGAUCGAGACCAAGGCAUUCCAGGAACAACUCGAGGCUGUUACCGCCGAAAUGGGCCAGCAGCUGGAGGAGCGCGCUGUCACAAUUAGAGAUUGGGCAAAGAAGCUUGACCAGCUGACUGCAGAGCUCAAGGCAACCAAGAAGGAGUUGGACAAUGCAUUGAUCUCGCUCGAUCAGCUGCAGCAAGCAUCUGAGGCUCGUAUUGCCGAGCUCGUUGCUGAUGUCGCAGAUCUUACAGGCCUUGUUGCUCAGCACGAGGCUACCAUCAAGGUCCUCAACGCAGAGGCCCAGACGACCGCCCAGACUCACGUCAUCGCCAUCACCGAGCGCGACGAAAAGAUCGCCGACCUCAACCACGACAUCUACACGGCCCAAAAUCUCAUCAAUUCGCUCGAAGCCGAAAAAGCAUCCCUCGAACGCCGCGUCGAAGCCGAAGCCGUCGCACUCCUCGAACUCCAAGCUGAGCGCGACGACCAAAUCGCCGACCUCAAAAUCAACAUUCUUAACAAGCAAUCUGAGAUUGAGAACCUCGGCCGUAAAGCCCAGGAGGUGGACCGUAGCUGGGAAAACGUGAUGAACGAACGCAACACUGAAAUCGAAGAGUUGCGCGAAGUCGGCUCCGAGAACACCAUCACCAUCGCUCGCCUCACCAAACUCAACGCAGCACUCAAGGAGAAGUUCAGACUCUACGUCAGAGACUCUACCGCUACUGUGCAGGCCAUGCAAGAGGAUAUGGAACAAGCUGUCCUCAGCGCGGGUGCCAAAGGCGGCGAGUUGAGAGAGGUGGGCCGUCGUGUUCUCGAGGAAGUCGAGGCUAUGGACACUGUCACUGAAAUGGUCACUGUUGCCUCUUCGUCCUCUGCGGCAAACCCUCGUCUCGCAAAGAUCACAAAGCAGGCUCGUCGUAACCGUCGUGCUUAUGACUCUGGUAUCGGCGUUGAUGAUGAAUCGCUGUUGCUUGAAGAGUAG